UUUUCAAACCAGCACACCCAAAAGCUCCGCGGCGAAACAUCAACCUUUACCUAUCAACCAGAACAGAAGCAAGCCCACCACCAAUCCCUCUUCCAGAGUUAACACCCUUGCCACGAUCCCUCCCCCAGAACCUAAACAACAAUGGCCGACAAACUCCGCACCCUUCAGAACCUCGAGGCGAUGCAGGCCCGCUACAUCGGCACGGGCCACGCCGACACGACCAAGUACGAGUGGCUGUCCAACAUCGUGCGCGACAGCUACGCCUCGUACAUCGGCCACCCGCCCAUGCUGUCGUACAUGGCCGUGGGGAUGGGCGAGUCCAAGGAGAAGGUGCGGGCGACGAUGAUCGAGAAGAUGGUGCGCGGGGCGGGGAAUCCGCCGGAGACACAGGAAUGAGGAUGGAUGGGUUGAGUGGUCUAGUUUGGAGUCAGAAGUGGUGCUGAUCGGGGG